UUUCCACUUAUCUUUUUAAUUUUUUAAAAUUUUAUGAGCUCCGUAAAAUAAUUGUUCUUUGAGCCGUUUGUAUCGGAAUUUUUUUUUGUGUUUGACCACUGCUCGGUUGGUCAACGCGCUUCAUCUAGAGUACCACGCACGAGCAAACAGAAUAGCAAACCCGUUACCCCAACCCGGCCCAUUUUUUUAGAACACAUAAAAUGGGUCGAUUCUUUCGGUUAGGGUUUCAGGCUCUUGAAUUUGCUAUUAAGGUUUCGCAGGAAAAUGGCCGAUGAAGCUAACAGAACUGCAUUUAUGGAGAUUCAAGGUCACAUGAUCGAAACUACUGGAAAAUUGAAGCAGGUGCAGAACCAGAUGCGGAACAAAGAAGGAGAAAAGAAGCGUGCUUUCUUAACCUUGGAAGAACUGCGCCAAUUGUCUGAUGAUACAAACACAUACAAGUCUAUAGGCCAUUUUACCCAUUUAGAUGAUGUCUUCUUUUGUUUUGCAGGGAGAACGUUUGUCUUAGAGCCAAAAUCGGCCUUAAUGAGUGAACAGGAACAGAAGCUCAAGGAUAGUGAAGCUGCAAUUGCUGGUUUACAGACUUCCAAGGAAUACUUAGAGAAGCAGAUGGCAGAGGUAGAGAACAACCUGAGGGAGCUGCUGCAGCAAGAUCCAGGUCUUGCUCGUCAAAUCAUGUCGAUGACUGUAAUGUAAACCUUUUCUGAAAAUUCCUCAUAUCUUCAUUGUCUUACGUGCAAAUCAAAAGCUGGAUGUUUGUGAUAUUGCUUGUAUAAUCAGCUUGCCUACUCCUUUGAUCAUGAUCAUAAUUUUUGUCUGAAACAUUGCAUUUCAUUUGUGGUAGUUGACAUGCUAUGAAUGAUAUGAGCUGGGAAGCUAUUGUUGCAAAA